UGCUGGGUGGGUGAGCUGCUGUGCUGCAUGCAGUCUCUUUCUCUGGAGGCCAGUUUGCUGGCAGUGUUACAUACAUGGCAAAUUUAUUAUAGUUUAGGGAGGACCAUACAACUCAGUCAGAUGGCAGAUGAUGAUUUAAAGCAAAAAGGCGUUGGCUUGUCGGAGUCUUUGAUAGAUGCUGAGGGCUAUCCCCGGUCGGACAUCGACGUCUACUCGUGUCGACAUGCCAGACAUCAGAUCUCAUGCCUUCAAAACGAUCAUGUUGCACUGAUGCAAGAAAUUGAAGAUGAGCUCCAUGUGAUCCACUCGGCUGCCCGUGCAACUAAUAGUGUCUCAGAUGUUGAAAUGCCUGUUGCCAGUGGGGACGGCAUGGACACCGAAAGAAUUCCGUUCGCUGUCAUUGAUCGAGUGGACCCUGGCUCACCGGGUGCUCAAGGGGGUUUGGAGGUUGGCGACCAGCUGAUUGAAUUUGGAUCUGUGAUGGUGGAGAACUUUGUGAAUCUGCAGACGGUUGGAGCUGUGCUUCAGCAUUCCAAGAACAAAGCUGUCAAUGUCUUGGUUCUGAGGGAUGGCCGCCAAGUCAAGGUCACAGUCACCCCGUCCACCUGGAGUGGUCCAGGACUUCUGGGAUGCAACAUCAAGCCUAUGAAGAAGUGAGGGCACAGACGUUUCAACACCUCUGUUACAGUUACAGCAUUAAGACGGGAGAGUUUUGGAAAGAUGCUGUUUUUCCAUGCCUGAUUAUCAAACCAUCGAUUAUGUCCAAUGCCAGUCUCCCCCACUUUUCCCUUUUUCUCCUUUCUCAUAGAAAAGAAACCAACGAGCAAAACAAAGCGUGGCCAAAUAAUGUGAUAUGGUCACAUGUCAUGUCCAGGAAAUGAACCCUGUACAUCAUUUCAUGAUACAAUUUUGUUUUACCUUACAUUACAAAAAAUAUAAAUAUGAGUGCCAUUUUUCAUUGGCCCAAAUCAAUUUCUGCUGAGAGUUUUCAGAUAAAGCCCACAAACAAAUCUGACCUCAUGGGGACAACUUACAAUCUAGUUUCGUUCUAUUUCGUUAUACCCUUCCUAGUUUAUAACUAGUGCCUAAAUCGGAGUUCUGAUUUGGGCGCUUUACAUUUUUUAAAUAUUCUCAAAAAAGGUUUAAAAAAUUACUUGCACAUUUGUGGAAUAAUGCUGACACAUAACAGCGGAUAGAAAUAGACCUUUUUUCCUUUCUCCUCCUCCUCUUCCUCCCCCCCCCCCCCCCCCCCGUAAAUUUAUGUUGUUGUUUUUGGAGGGUUUUUUAAGAAAUUACUUUUUGUGAACAAAGGUCACCUUUGUAAUGUCAGCUUUGUGAGUUGCAAAUUGUUUACCAUAGUGACACCUUAUUUGUAGAGACAGCUGUUCUGUAUUUUCAUCGAUUAUUACGUUGAUAACAAUGAAAAGUAUCUCAGUGGCUAUCAUGCUGUACUACAAAGUGGAUGUCCCUGGUUCAAAUCCCAGACUAGGCAUCCCUGAACUUCGGUUAUUUUUGUGGAGUUUGCAAGGCUUUCAACCGAUUUGGUUCUGUCCAAUAAGUGAUGGCCGUUAAAUUUGAUGGUCCCACCUGUCGCAUAUUCUACAUGUAUUGUAAUAGUGUUGAUAGGGGCGCUAGACUCAAACAUGGCGUGGGUGUUUGGCAGGUGCUCUGGUAAGAAUUGCUCUUUCUUUGAUAUCAAGCAUACGUUUGUUCCUUAUUUCUCUUCCUUCUUUUUGCAUUUGUUACUCUCUAAAUAACACUUCUAAUCUUCAGCACUUAUAUGACUUAAUUGUGUCGCAAGUGCAGUAAAACUCAUACUUAAACUAAAAGCUCAUUCAAUUAUUUACCAGAAAGGGAAGUGUCAAAAGUGACAGAUUGUACCAGCAUUUACUUUGAGACAGGUUUUGCUGUUGACUAGUUUGUUAUUAAUUCAUUUUAGAGGAUGCAGAGAAAUUUUAUUUUUAAUAAGUUUGUUUUACGAAGGGCUUCAGAUUCAUAGCAGAGAUGUAAGCUUCGAACACCUAGAUGGUUUCUUUCAGAUGGUUGCUGUUUACAUGUGCUGUAUCGUCUGUGACAUUCUACAAUCACCCAAAUCAAUUUCUAGGGGUUUCCAGAUAAAUCUAUUAUUAGAACAAUGGCGUGAAAUGGAAUUUACUGGAGAGUUUCACUUUGUUUUGUCACUUCCUUCCAAUUUUUUUGAGUGAAAUAUCACAAGCACCCCAGUCACAGUUUUGAUUUUGGCGUCGUUUUCAAUUUUGAUUUUCUCCACACAUUAUAUAUAUAAUGAUGUAGGCACUUUAAAAAUCACACUUACUAAAGUGUUUGUUUGUCUAAGGAUGUGCAUUUGUGAGGCAUGCAUACAAAAUGAGUUACUUCUCACGAUCUACGAAUGGAGAUAUCUACUGAAAAUUGACUCAGGGUUCAAAGUUGCGAAUUUUCAACUGUUACCAAUUUCUUCAAGUUUAUCACAUUAAUAAAUUGUACAAACUCAACCUAUAAAUUUGACAUUUCUAUGUCCAUAGGGCUAAGAUCCUAGAAGUAAGUAAUUUUCACAUCACACCUCACAUUUGUUUGCCUAUUUGUUUGCCAAAAGAUGUGUGUUACGAGCCAGCUUUUGUUCAUAGUGUCAGUUUGUUACUUUAGAAGAAAUCCCCCAGUAUAAAAACCCGAAGAAAGUAAAAAAAACGUAAGUGUAAGAUAAGAGAAUUGUAUAAUAAGUGGAACUUUGUACCUUGAAAAUGUCAUGGUGAUAUUUUUCUUACAUAAUCAUUAUUUUACACAAAGACAAGUGAUGUAAACACAUUUUUUUACCAGCAUGAUGAUUACAGCAACUUUUUGGUAAAGAGAUUAGAUUUCUACAAAUGUGUAUCACUUGCUUCCAUGACAUAAUAACAUUCUUGCAUUCCAAUUGUGAUGGUUUUGAAGUUACAGAGAAGGGAAUUUUUUUAACAAGUAGAUAUAUGAAGUGGGCCUUGCGGCUAUGUGUGGUCAUAUUGUUUAGAGGGUAGUAGGGACAAAAACACUUUUGGUUAUAAGUUAUGAUGAAUAAUUAAUGAAUGUACUGCAAUGUAUCAAAUGCUCAGAGUAAGACUCUGUCGUACCUCACUUUUCAAAGCAGCAUCUGUGGUGUGACAGUUAGUUGGCUCUUCACAAGAAAAUUUUUAGCGAGUAUCGGCUUUUUUGCUUAGAAUUUUGUAUCCCUCUCAUCCCAGUUGGGGUCGAAGCCAUGCCUCUUAAGUUAUAAUCUAAAUUGUGUAAUGGGGCGAAAAAAUCACCAGCUUGUUUUAAAAAACCACUUUUCAAAAUGGUGUAGGCUUAUGGUGGAGUCUAGCAGUAUAUCGACAGCUUGCUUCGAUGAAGGCGUGGAGUCUGACUAACCUACUGUAGAAUUCCUUUUACCAUGGACUAUUACCUGUAGAACUACGACGUAAGUGUGUCAACCUAUUUCAAUCAAAUAUGUCCCGAAGAAUUCGCUAUAGCCAGGAAAGGACAGGAAAUCAGAAAGCUCCUUUGUUUAAUUCACUUAUGACUACAUGUAGUUGAAAAAUGAAUUUGGCCAUAAUAGUAAUAGUAGUAGCCUAGUUGUAAAUGUGACUGGCAUUGUACAACCACGAAUAUGACUCAUUGAGAUGUCUUGUAUUGUUGACGUCAGAAACAUGAAUUGUGAUUAUGUCGCUCAUUGUUGACAUCACAACCAUGGGUUGAGAGAUGUCUCUUUUUGUUGACGUCACAAACGUGAAUUUUGAGAUGUCUCUUAUUGUCAAUGGGUCAUUCCUUGGUGGGAAUUGCUUCCCUUUUUGUUGUUGUUGUUUUGUUUUUUUUCUUUCUUUCUCUUUUUGGGUUUUUUUUUCAAGUUUCAACGAUUUCUGUUCUCCUUGCCACGUCUGCUCCCUCGGACUUUUGCUUUGCCUUGUGUGUCUGUGUAUGUUUGUGUGUGCUUGUGUGUCAGUGUCUGUGUGUAAUGUAUGUGUGUGUGUGUGACUAUGUGUGCAUGUGUGUCUGUGUGUGUGUGUGUGUGUGUGGAUUCAUGUGUGCGUGACUGACAGACCUGUCAUUUGUCUUAGAAUGGUGAAAAAUAAACACUUUUCUAGAAAUGAUCUCAAAA